CAACAGGUGGCGUCUGUUUCAGACACAUGGGCGCGCAAGUGAGCCCACGUCUGAGAACGCGCCCAGCGCAGGACGAGACUGCUGGCUGGGACUGCUUCUGACAGUUUCAUACGAGAGAACCGUGAAGCGGUGUUACCACCUUUGUGCACGUUUUGAUACGGAUUGAAACCUGGGUCACUGCUGAAGCACUCCUAAAUUUUUUUCAUUUGGCAACGGGUGUCCUGCAUAUGAUGGGAGGAAAGCAAGGUAGACGGAGUUAAAUGUUUUGUUUGCCUUCGGGGAAAUAACUUAUAUCGAUGAGGACAGUGGUGAUGGCUGUGUUCAAGCAACAAGAAGUAGAGGACUUCUAUGAAAUUGGGGAGGAACUGGGAAGCGGUCAGUUUGCCAUCGUGAAGAGAUGCCGAGAGAAGAGCACGGGGCAGGAGUACGCCGCCAAGUUCAUCAAGAAGCGGCAGAGCCGGGCGAGCAGGCGCGGGGUGCGGCGGGAGGAGAUCGAGCGCGAGGUCAGCGUCCUGCAGCAGAUCCAGCACCCCAACAACAUCACGCUGCACGACGUCUACGAGAACCGCACCGACGUGGUGCUCAUUCUGGAGCUGGUGUCUGGAGGCGAGCUCUUCGACUUCCUGGCCCAGAAAGAGUCCCUGAGCGAGGAGGAGGCCACACAGUUCAUUAAGCAGAUUCUGGAGGGCGUGCACUACCUCCACUCCAAAAAGAUUGCGCACUUCGAUCUCAAGCCUGAAAACAUAAUGCUUCUGGAUAAGAGCUUCCCCCUGCCCCGGAUAAAACUGAUCGAUUUUGGGUUGGCUCACCAAAUUGAGGAGGGAGUCGAAUUCAAGAACAUUUUUGGGACCCCUGAAUUUGUUGCUCCAGAGAUAGUGAACUAUGAGCCACUGGGAUUAGAAGCAGAUAUGUGGAGCAUAGGAGUCAUCACCUACAUCCUAUUGAGUGGCGCCUCUCCGUUUCUCGGCGAGUCUAAACAGGAGACGCUGGCGAACAUCUCAGCCAUGAACUACGAGUUUGACGAGGAGUUCUUCAGCCACACCAGCGAGCUGGCCAAGAGCUUCAUCAGGCAGCUGCUGGAGAAGGACACAAGGAAAAGACUGACUAUACAGGAUGCCCUGAACCACCCCUGGAUUAAGCCCGCAAACCCCAGGCAGGCCCUGGUGCGCAGACUGUCCAUCAUCAACCUGGAGAACUUCCGGAGGGAGUACGCCCGGCGCAGGUGGAAGAUGUCCUUCAGGAUCGUCGCCCUUUGCAAUCACCUGACACGUAUGAUGAAGAAGGGACAUCCCAAACUGCAGGAUGAGCUGAGGGACUGUGCAAGCGACCAGGAGGAGGAGCCGGUGAAUAGGAGGUCAAGCAGAAGAAAGAGGAGCAGCACCUCCUGAGCACUGUCUCCCAAACCUACGAAUGACAUCUGCAAAUGGGACAGGGCGGGGCCUAGGAUGGACGGCACGUCAGAACAAGGAAAGAACAAACAGACUGCACAUGACCAGACGAGACAAGAUGAUGCACUAUGAACUCCACACAUUCCGCAUUUCAGCAUUCAAAGAAAGGGCAAAAUCACAAUGCCGCCACGUCCAGGUGCUCCUGUACCCUCUCUUUUCAGGACAGAUCAAAAGAUCUAGGACAUUUGAAGUCGAGGUAAGCCUACAGGGGCAACAUUACUGGGUCAUAUGGACCAAUAAUAGAGACAAGAGGAAUGUAUCAAUGUUCAGAUGACAAAGCAUGGAAGGGAGCUUUUUAAAAGGGUUUUUAUUCUUGAAUGUAUACUUAAUUAUAAAGAUGCACAUUUGGCAAUUAACUUUUGUAAAUAUACUGACUGUGUAUAAGUAAUGCCUUUGUAAACUGAAUGGUCCAUAGCCCUUUAAACGUUUUGGUAAAGGUUCUUCUAUAUAUUUGAGUCAUUCCAAACAUAUGCUGAAACACAGCACUGUACUCAUGUAAGUCGGCUUUUUUAUUUCAACACAACCUUGUUUUGGCAGUGAAUAUUAACAUUGCUCCGGGCAAGCUAGUACGGUCACUCCCAGCAGCUGGAAGGAGUUGCUUUACUGUACCCUAGUUUGUAUUCUUUGGGAUCUAUUAACAUCAUACUGCAUAGAUAAAAAUAUGCCUCAAUAAUAUGCCUUUAGUUGAGAAACCUAGACUAUCAAUGCAGGUUAUCCUACACAACAUUCCAAAGUGCCAUAAUUUGCUUAAUGUGCUUAAACAUUGUAUGAGAGAAAAACAGUGAGUACAAUAUAUUAACAUACAUGUCAAAUAAAUGUACAUUUAUUGACAUUAUUUUCUCUAUUUUUCAGUAUUAUGAAGAAGGGAUGAUUAUUUUUGUUUUCUUGUAUUUUGCAAUUGAGGAAACCUGUUUAUCACUGCCUGGAAGGCAGGAGAGGGAAAAAGGUCAGCAGUGAAUAGAUUAGUGUAGAUUCCCUCCUCCAGGCCCCUCCCUGCGCUGUAGUCACACGGCCAAGUGAACGGGGGGGGCGAGGGCCUGCAUGCCUGCCAAAGUCACGUGCCCGCUCUGCUGAAGCCGCUCAGCCCGUUCAGGCAUCCGGUCGGGAUUCAGGGAAAACAUGCUGAUGCUGUUCCUCCAAGAAUCCACCGCGCGUGUCUCUAGAGCUGCAUGGGCCAUGGUGAAAGAAUUCAGCUUAGGGGGGCGGGGGUGGGGGGGGGGGGAGAGAGAGGGGGUUGGCCAAAAAAAUGCUUGGAAGCCGUGACUUGAGUUGAGGACCUUGAGUGUUUGCUCUCGUCUCUCCAGAGGCCUAGAUUCAAGGCCCUUUUUUCAGUCCUUGCUAGUAUCUAAUGUCUUAAUAUGUGAUCUAGAACAUUUGUCUGAUAGGUUCUGCAAACUGCUGUGGUUGGUGUCUGGCAGUUCUCUUUCUCAAAGUGAUGAUUAUUACGGGAAGUUUAAGCAGUAAAUGCUUGACUGUGCCUCAGCAGUAUCUGUGACUCUAGAAGGGACUGCUUGUUGCAUUUUAACUUCUGCUGAAAGUAUGACUUCCCCAGUAUGUCUUGAAGACUGUAUACAGCUCUUAACUGGACCCCUGUCUCAGUUUGCCUGGCAAUUUGUAAUAUGGAAAGUUAAAUGUAUUUAUUAAUUAGUCAAAUGUUUUAUUACUUUAAAUGGUCAGCUGCACUGCGUUAUUAUUUCACGCGUUGUAUAUUUCAGUACAUGGAAUCGAUAAAAAUGAAGAAAAUGUUGGGGCGAGCGCCGAUGGUCUUUAAGUGUUUACAUAAAAUGCUGCAUAACGUCACCUCUCAAGCAGAGGUUGAGUGAAAAAGGUAGCAUUCUCUUGAUUUGAUCCAAAUGCUAUUUCCUUGGAUCAAGACAAGUGAGCGCUGUCUUUUUCACUCAAGCCAAGCUUGAGAGGUGAUGUUAUACUAAAUUCUCUUUUCUUUGGGGGUUUUGUCAUUAUUAUUACUAUCACUUGUGCCUCUACAGUGGUGUGGCAUCCAUGUUGUUAUGUUGUUUAUGUGUAUAUGGAUCCAUGCAUUUAAUGCCCAUGUUCUGGCCCCAGGGGACUGUGAGGGUAAACUGGCUUCAGUAUCACGUACUGUUUACCAGACAUAUGUGCAUUCUGUUACUUCAUGUGCCUGACAGGCGUUAGAGAAUGGAAUGCUUGUUUGAUUUUAACCCCACAUUUUGCUUCUGUUUUUAUAAAAUGUUUGAUUGCCGCACAAUUAAUUUAUCUGUUAUAUAAUGCUGUAUAUUUUUUAAAACAUACAAAAAAAGUAUUUUACAUGUUUACAUACAGAAAACCACAUGCACAUUAUUGUAAUUACAAUUUCCUCACUUAGAUAUGGCUUUCAAAUAUGUGUCAAAACACUUCAGUCUAAUUCGUUUUGCAUACGGCUAUUACUCAUGACUUUUAAAAGCCCCUUAUGGAAUUGAAAAUAAAAUUCUUCUUCUCAUCUCAUAGAAUUUCUGUAUAUUGUAUGUGUGAGAAGGGAGUGAUCUGUAAAAGCAGAAUAAUACUUUUAUACAAGGAAUGACCUCGCAAUAAUCUUUUAUAAAUGAGUACAAUAUUUUAUAGUGCAUCACAAAGAAGGAGAUUUGUUGAUGAGUAUGCAUGAUGUGUGAGUUACCUGACCCAUGCUGUAUGUGUAUACUUUAAGAAGUGCCUUUACUUAUUCUGUCCUUUUGUACACUGUAAGUUAGUGCACUUUAUUAAUUAAACAUUCCAAUAUGAACAAUGUAUCUUUGGCUUUUUAAAAUUCCUAUAUUUAUGGUUUAUUGAUAUAAUUUAACUGCCUUGCCAUUUUUCCCCCAUUUCAAUUAUUAAAUGAACUAUUUGCUUCAAUUUCAAUAA